CUGGAAUCAGAAGGAGCCUCCUUUUCUGUCUAUGUGAAAGGACAAAAAGUCGUCGAUCUCUGGGGAGGCUAUGCAGACAAACAGGCAGCGAGGACUUGGAAAGAGAAUACGAUCAGCGUUGUGUUCUCCGCUACUAAAGCCGUCGCUGCGCUUUGUAUUGCGCUGUUAGCUGAUCGAGGAAGGCUUGAAUACGACGAUCUUGUAUCAAAGCAUUGGCCAGGAUUUGCCAAGAAUGGAAAAGAGAAUAUCACUAUCGAAUGGGUGAUGUCACACAUGUCAGGUCUGCACUACUUCGAUGAGCCCAUUACUAAGAAGAUGGCUUCAAAGCACAACUUGAUGAGAAAGGUGAUUGAGGACGAAAGACCCAAGUUGCCACCAGGAACUAAAUUCAGUUAUCACACAUUUACCUAUGGUUGGCUCGUCGAUCAAAUUGUCAGGCAUACUGACAAGAAGAAGCGAGGAAUUGGGCAGUUUCUGCGAGAGGAGAUUACUAAACCAAAUGGUAUGAUGGUUGCUUACCGUAAUGCUGGAUAGGA